CUAUGCCGAAUUACAGGUAUGAUUGAAUUUAUAGUGCAUAUAAAAAUAUUUGAUAAUCUAUUGUAAAAUGUUAUAUAUUAAAUUAACUAUUUCAUUCAACAGAAAGAGUUUUCUUGGUCGCCUGCGGACGAGCUUGAGGUCAGGGCCAUGUGGGAGGUUAAAGCCAGCAAGAGGUACAGUGACAUGAUGAGCGACUACAAGAGGAAGCUCAGGGCUCAUACCGAUGCAGGUCGGGAGAUGGAUAGACCCGUCUGGAUGUCUGCCGAAUUCUGGACAGGACUCAAGGCAUACUGGAGUCAGGAGGCUGUUCAGGCCAUUUCCGAGCGAGCACGUGCGAACCGGAUGUCUGAGCCCGAUGGACCCGGUACUGGGAUCAGCAGGCACGUGGGAGGGUCUCGGUCCACUCGUGUCCUGCAGCAGAGUCUGAGCUUGGACACUGGACUCCCCCUGACUGCACAGAACUAUAGCACUUUCCUCCGCCUCCACAUGCGCGAGGAUGGAUCUUUUCUGUCACAGAGGGAUGCGGACAUUGAUGUAAGCGGUUAAUUAGUUUAAUCAAAUAUUAGUAAUUCAUAGUGAAAUGUAUUUAUUUUAAUACAAUUUUC